AUGAUAAGAGAACCGUCAGAAAUAUCAAGUAUUGACACCUAUACUGAAGUAAAAGACUCAAAAUGUCGUCGUGCGUUGAAAAUAGGACUUAUAACAUUUUUGGUACUCGGAAUACUUGCUGCGAUAAUUGUUCCUUGCGUCCUUUAUCUUCCUACAAGAGGCAAACCAUCAACCACGACAGAAUUUCCAAAUAAUCCUGAAUUCAAUUAUUCGAGAUGUUUCGAAGAAAAAUUGAAUGAAAACUACCAUUGUUUGGCUUCCUGUCCUCAUGAAAAAUAUUGCUACGAAAGAUGCUAUGAUUAUUUUUAUGAAGGCGCGACUGUCUGUUCAGCGAUGACAGGGACCAGUACUGUUACAAGUACUACUACAUCAACAACAACAACAAAGUGGACAUCGAUACCAGUUCCUACUCCCCCAGGAUCAAAUAAUUGGGAGAACACACAUAUCCUUGGAUUUUACGAUCGCAAUCAUAUGUUUCAAUAUGCAACUGUCAUCGCCGGAGACGGGUCCUCAUCGACAAGGGCAAAAAUAAGCUACGGUGACGAAGAUUAUUUUUAUUCUUGGGGAAAAGGGGCCAUGGUAAAGGGCCAAUUUUAUUUUUUUCAAGAAGGAUCGAUUCUUAGGCUCGAUGGUUGCGACGUUUCAAAAACGAGUUCAAAUUUAUUGAAUUAUUUUGACUCUUAUGAUGGUGACGCACUUACGAUCCAUGAUGGAAGCGACGGUCACCAAAUUGAGACUUUUUCAAUCAUUGAUGGAUGGAUUCAGCUACCUGAACAUCCAUGGUAUAUUUUUGAUAAUUCUCUGGUUGGGCUUGAUUCCGGUGCAAUUAUUACAAUUGGAGGAUCUUACUACACAGGACCUCCGGACUGGACCAUAUCUCUUAUGGAUGAUAUUUGGAUGCUUCAAGAUGGAGAUUGGUCAAAAAUUGGUCAAUUAGCGAUCCGUCGAUCGUCAAUAAUCUCGAUUGGUGAAUCAAUUUACAUUUAUGCCGAUGAUUAUUAUUACAAUGAGAACAAUUAUGGUAGCGUCAUAAGAUUGGACAUGGAUGGAGACGAGAUCCUUAAUUCUACAACUAUUGCGGGUUACCCUGGAGGACAAGCCAUCCUUACUCGGGCUACACCGAAAUAUUGCCAUGACAUUGAUUAUUAUAAUUACUAUUAA